GUCAUAAUUAUGCGCCGCGCACCUGCGUCUGCUGUGGCUCGGCUGUACAGAGAGUGUCCAAACACAGAAAAACUCCUGGUGAAGCGACUGAGAUCCACGUGACACACUAUUAUAAAGAUGGCGUUUAUUAAAGAGGAGAGUGAAGACAUGAAGAUUGAAGAAGGAUUCAGAGUGAAACAAGAAGAAAUUGAGACACAAACAGACAUGAUAGUGCUGAAAGUUGAGAGUCAAGAACUGGAAGAAAAAGACCUUCAUGAGAAACAUCACGAGUUCAUAACUGGAGAAAACUUUUUUAGUGACUCGCAGACUGAAAAAACUUCCUCACAAAAAACAGGAACUACAAACUUUAAAGUCCACAUGAGAAUUCACACUGGAGAGAGCCGUUUCACCUGCCAACAGUGUGGGAAAAGUUUCUCACUGAAAGGAAAUCUUAAAAAACACAUGAAAAUUCACACCGGAGAGAAGCCUUACACCUGCUUUCAGUGUGGCAAGAGAUUUACACAGAAAAAAAACCUUGAUGCCCACAUGAGAAUUCACACUGGACAGACCCCUUAUACCUGCAAACUGUGUGGGAAGAGUUUUUCACUAAAAGGAAACCUUAAAACUCACAUGAGAAUUCACACUGGAGAAAAGCCAUUCAUAUGCCCUCAGUGUGGGAAAAGUUUUAGACAGAAAAAAAACCUUGAUGCUCACAUGAGAAUUCACACUGGACUGACCCCUUAUACCUGCAAACUGUGUGGGAAGUGUUUCUCACUAAAAGGAAAUCUUACAACUCACAUGAGAGUUCACACUGGGGCGAGUCCGUUCACCUGCGAACAGUGUGGAAAGAGUUUCUCACUAAAAGGAAAUCUUAAAAAACACAUGAAAAUUCACACUGGAGAGAAGCCUUACACCUGCCCUCAGUGUGGAAAAAGUUUUAGACAGAAAAAAAACCUUGAUGCCCACAUGAGAAUUCACACUGGACAGACCCCUUAUACCUGCAAACUGUGUAAGAAGAGUUUCUCACUAAAAGGAAAUCUCAAAACUCACAUGAGAAUCCACACUGGAGAGAAGCCGUUCAUAUGCCCUCAGUGUGGAAAAAGUUUUAGACAGAAAAACAACCUUAAUGACCACAUGAGAAGUCACACUGGAGAGAGUCCUUACACCUGCAAACUGUGUGGGAAGAGCUUCUCACGUAAAGAUAGUUUUAGGAUACACAUGAGAAUUCACACUGGAGAGAAGCCGUGUGUAUGUAGUCAGUGUGGAAAGAGUUUCAGAUGUAAAGGUACCCUUAAUCACCAUAUGAAGAUUCACUCAAAAAAGGACUAUUUUAUAUGUCAUCAGUGUGGAAGGAGCUUCCCAGACAGGAAACACCUUAAGAAUCAUGUAAUAACUCACACUGGAGAAAAGCCUUUCAUGUGCCAUCACUGUGGAAAGACUUGCAUAAACAAAUCAAACCUUGAGGUUCACAUAAGGAUUCACACUGGAGAGAAGCCUUUCACCUGCCCUCAGUGUGGAAAGAGUUUCACACGUAAAGGAAACCUUAACAUUCACAUAAGAGUUCACAAAGGAGAGAGGCCUUACAAGUGUCUUCAGUGUGAGAAGAGUUUCACAUUUCAUACAAUCCUGAAACGUCAUUUGCAAACUCAUUCUGGAAAGAAAAUGCCGUGUUCCUCGGUGUGAAAAUGGACAUUCACUUUGGAGGAAGACCAUUUGUGAUCAGUGUAAAAAAUGUAUUCUUUGCCAUCACACUUACAGAUGACCCUGUUUGUGUUCUUUGUAAGAGACUAUGGCACCAGAAAAUACACAUCUGUGUGAAAUUGAGACUGUGUUCACGCCACAGCUGAUCGUGGGCCACAUCUGAUUGUGGGCCACAUCUGAUUGUCCACCUUCAGGACCCCUUCUUUAAAUUUUAUUUUUCUGCUUUUGUAUGUUCUUUUGUGCAUAUGAUCUCCACCGAAGACCAUCUCCUGCUAUAGUUUAAAAUUCUGUCUUGCAGUCAAAUGACAAUGUACCUGAAAGAUUAUAAAUAAAAGGACAAACUGAAUUAAAUAAUGAACAUUGCA